AUGAGUUCUAGGGCAUUGAGGAGGUUACAAGAUGAUAACGCCUUGCUAGAGUCGCUGUUAUCAAAUGCCGGCGCGAAUAAAGUGACCAGUGGUAAAAGUGCUGCCACUAAUAGCCAGAAACGAGAGAAUAUCUUUUCUAUGAUGGACAGUGUGCGUGAUUCAGAUAAUGCUAGUGACGAAGGGCAGCUCUCUGAACAGGAUGAAGAAACUGCUAAUACUGGGGAGCGUGAUGCUCAAAGUAAUGUUCAAGCUGAAAGAAUUACCUUAGCAUCGAAGUCUUCUAGAAGAAAAAAGAAUAAAAAGGCAAAGAGGAAGCAAAAAAACCACACCGCCGAGGCUGUGAAAUAUAACAAUUCCGAUGAUGAUGAUGAUGAUGAUGAAGAAUUUGACAAAAUCAUACAACAGUUCAAGAAAACUGAUAUACUGAAGUACGGUAAGAGUAAGAAAAAUGACGACACUAAUGAAGAAGGUUUCUUCACGGCAUCUGAACCAGAGGAAGCAUUUAGUCAACCUUGGAAGUCCUUUUUAAGUUUAGAAAGCGAUCCGGGGUUCACGAAAUUUCCCAUUUCAUGUUUAAGACAUUCUUGCAAGUUCUUUCAAGAUGAUUUCAAAAAAUUGGAUCCCCAUACCGAAUUUAAACUGUUGUUUGAUGAUAUUUCUCCAGAGUCGCUUGAAGAUAUUGAUUCGAUGACAUCUACACCCGUAUCCCCUCAGCAGCUAAAACAAAUUCAAAGACUGAAGAGAUUGAUUAGAAACUGGGGCGGAAAAGACCAUAGAUUGGCGCCUAAUGGUCCUGGAAUGCAUCCGCAUCAUUUGAAAUUUACCAAGAUAAGAGAUGACUGGAUCCCUACUCAAAGAGGUGAGUUAUCUAUGAAACUUUUAAAUUCUGAUGAUCUUUUAGAUUGGCAAUUAUGGGAGAGGCCGUCAGAUUGGAAAGAUGUUAUUCAAAACGAUGUCAGCCAAUGGCAAAAAUUUAUUUCAUUUUAUAAGUUUGAACCCCUGAAUUCCGACUUGAGCAAGAAAUCAAUGAUGGACUUUUACUUAAGUGUUAUUGUUCAUCCUGAUCAUGAAGCCCUUAUAAACUUGAUUUCUUCGAAAUUUCCGUACCAUGUGCCCGGACUUUUACAAGUCGCCUUGAUAUUUAUUAGACAAGGUGAUAGAUCAAACACUAAUGGCUUGUUACAAAGAGCACUUUUCGUCUUCGAUAGAGCUUUGAAAGGCAAUAUUACUUUCGAUUCCUUGAAUUGUCAACUACCUUAUAUAUACUUCUUCAACAGGCAGUUUUAUUUGGCAAUAUUUAGGUAUAUCCAAUCUCUUGCUCAAAGAGGUGUUAUAGGAACCGCUAGUGAAUGGACAAAAGUUCUCUGGUCACUGAGCCCGUUAGAAGAUCCUUUAGGAUGCAGAUAUUUCCUCGAUCAUUACUUUCUGUUGGAUAAUGACUAUCAGUAUAUCAUUGAACUAUCCGACUCCCCAUUAAUGAACUGUUACAAACAGUGGAAUACCUUAGGAUUUUCGUUAGGGGUAGUAUUAAGUUACUUAAGAAUAAAGGAGAUGAGUUCCGCACGGAAUGCACUUCUAAAAGCUUUUAAGCACCAUCCUUUACAACUAUCAGAACUAUUCAAGGAGAAACUCUUGGGUGACCAUGCACUAACUAAAAACUUAUCUAUUGAUGGCCAUUUGGCAGAAAUUUUGGAAUUGAGAGCAUAUAUGGCUCGGUUCCCAUUGCUGUGGAAUAAAAACGAAGAGGUAGCAUUUUUGCAUAAUGAAAUAUCGAAUAUUUUACAGGAUUACCAUAAUGGUAAGGUUACAAUUGAUUCGAAUGAUGGGCAAAAUCAUGAUGGAAUUAGCGAUUCUCAAUUGCCUUUCUUUAUUGCAGGAAUCCCAAUUAACUUAUUAAGAUUCGCCAUAUUAUCUGAAGAGUCUUCAGUAAUGGCAGCAAUUCCAUCAUCUAUCUGGUCUGAUAAUGAAGUGUAUGAAUUUGACGUAUUACCACCAAUGCCUACGUCAAAAGAGUCUAUCGACGUUAUUGAGAACAUCAAAAGCUUCAUUAAUGACAAGGAUUUAGCUGUCCUACAGGCGGAAAGAAUGCAAGAUGAGGACCUGUUGAAUCAAAUUAGACAAAUAUCUUUGCAACAGUACAUUCACCAAAAUGAGGAAUCAAACGAGAAUGAAGCCCAAUAA